CACAAGAUCAACAUUAAUUAGUAACUCCAUCUCUCAUCCCUACUGAGUUCACAAAGUCUUAUGUGUUUGUGAGGAUGAGUACUCCUCCACCUCGUGCUACGACUGUGGCUGGACCCAGGACUUAUAGAACCUCAAUCCAUGCCAAAUAUGUAGUGAUUUGCUUAUUGCUAUUAUUUAUUCUAGCGAGUAUUGAUUAUAGUCCUAGUAAUCAAUUAGAUCUUGAAGAUGCUAUAUAUUUAACUAAGAAUUCAAUAAAGGAAUUCACUAGUCAACAUUUCAAUAAUAACCAUAAUAAUAAUCAUAAUAAUAAUAAUCAUAAUAAUAAUAAUUCAACUGAUAAUGAUGGUACAUUUAAGUUUGAUAUAGAAUUAGAUUAUCCCCUCAAUAGUGUAAUGAAUUCAUUCUUCCCUAUUGAUUCUUUAAUAUCUUUUAAUACAACUUUACCAAAGGGUAAUUCAGGAUCAGAAAACAUUACAAGUCAUGAAAUGCUCGGACGAUAUGCAUCUUUUAGUCCUGUUUUAGAUCAUCCAAUUUAUAGUAAUUAUGCUAUAUUUCCUAAUAAUGCUUGUAAAAGAAAAAAUUAUUCAAAUCAUAAAGAUUAUAAAAAUUAUAAUAAUAAAACUUUAAUAGUUUUAAGAGGUGAUUGUACUUUUGUUGAUAAAGUAUCUAAUUUACUUGAAUCAGGUUUAAAUCCUACUAGUAUUAUUAUAGCUAAUGAUGAACCAUAUCGAGGAUUAAUUACUAUGUUUUCAGGAACUUUUAAUCAAGAUGGUUCAUUAAAAGUACCUAUAAUAUUUAUAACAAAUGAAGAUUAUAAAUAUCUUAAAGAAUUAGAUUCUGAAGAUAUAUUAAUUGAAAUUAGUACUGCUACAAUUGGUAGUUGGAUAAAUAUUUUAGUAUCAAUGAUUUUAUCACCACCAUUAUUAAUUCUAUUUUUUUAUUCAGUAGUUGUGUGUGGUCAAAGAUUUAAAAGAAGACAAGCAAAUAUAAGAAAUGCAAAAUUAGUCAAACGUUUACCAAUAUAUAUUUAUAAUAUUGAUCAUUUGAUUCAUGCCAAAUACUUGACCAAUUAUUUAAAGAUAACUGGUCAAACAUCAGAUGAUUUUAAAGAUGUGGAAUAUCGACUAUUAGAUUCUCCUAAACAAUCACCUAUGGCUUCUUCAACAUCAUUACAUAAAAUUAUAAUUAAUGGUAUUGAUAUAAGAAGUUCAUCAGUUUCUUUACAUACAUUAUGUGCUCCAGAUAAUUUUUAUCCUGCUUAUAAGUGUUCUAUUUGUUUGGAUAAGUAUAUUCCCUUAAGAUCUAGAGUAUUGUUAUUGAAUUGUAAACAUUUUUAUCAUGAAAAAUGUUUAUCUAAUUGGUUAAUAAAUUUUAAAAGAAGUUGUCCAUUAUGUAAUACAAUGAUAAAUAAUAGUCAGAAUGAUACAUAUCUACUUGCUGGUCAAGAAGGUAGCUCUGACUAUGGAAGUUUAAAUGAUUCAGAUUUAGAAGGUCAAUUUGUAACUGAAGGUAAUAUUCCAUAUGUCACUGAUUCUGUAUCUCAAAUAGAAAGUGAUGAAGAUGAUGUUCUAUAUCAUGAUUACCUUGAACCUGCAUCAAGCUCUCUAUUCGGUACACGAUCAAUAACACAAGCUCCUGAAACAUGUGAAUCUACUAUAGAUGUACCCCCACCCAUCACUCCUCCUCCUCAUCAACAGCAACAACCACUGUAUCUAUCACCGUCUUCUUCAUCUCAUAUAUCGGAUCCAUCAUUUGUAACUGCCCAAACAGAAUUAGAAUCACCAAAAGUAUCAAACAAUUCUGGUUUGAACUCUCCUAGAAAAUAUUUUUAUUCGAGACCACUGCAAAUCUUAAGUCAAUAUUCUUCAUCAUCCAAUCAAAAUCAAACUCGUUCCGUAAGUCAAUUUAGUAAUGGGAUUGAAUCAGAGAGAUCUUUUAAGGAAUUAUCAACUUCACCUCAAUACAUUAAUAGUUCGUCAUCAUCAACUAUAGACCAAGUAAGUGAUGAUGAUGAUACGAAUACCAUUAAUAAUGAUUGACCUACAUUCUUUUAGUUAGUUUUUGUUAUGUUCUAUAUCAUACUAUUUUCUUUUAUUCUUGUAAUUAAUUAAUUCAAUAGUUAAGUAACUAUGACAGUUGCCUAACUCCAACUACCAAA